AUGUCUCAAGUUGAAACCCUCCCCGCCGUCAACCCCAUCGACUUCUCCCUCUCUGCUUCCCAAGUCUGCCAGCGCAAUGAAGAAUCUAACUUGAACUGGCCUGCCGCCUCUUCCCCUUUGAUUAAUGACGUCUCAGCCUCCCAAUGCCUUCGCAUGCCUAAUAAUUCCUAUAAUGGGGAGUCUCACGAUUCAUCCGGCGACGUCAUCUUCCCAAGCCUCCCUCCCCUUCACCAAGGGCAUCCCGAUAUCCAUAUGCGCAAUGGGGUCAUGGCUUCGUUCGCUGCUGCUGCAGAUCACGAACCGGAUGCCGAAAAGGCCUUCUUUGUAGCCGACCUCAGUCAGGUCUACCGUCAGCAUCAGCGGUGGAUUACUUGCCUCCCGGAAAUCCAACCUUUUUACGCUGUCAAGUGCAACCCAGACCCAUAUGUGAUUCGCCUUCUCGCCGCUCUGGGAGCAGGGUUUGAUUGCGCUUCCCUCAACGAGAUAUCCUCGGUUCUCAAUGUGGGCGGAAUCGACCCUUCCCGCAUCAUCUUCGCCAACCCCUGCAAGGCAGUCUCAUUCAUUCGUAAUGCUUCCCGAAUGGGCGUCGACACCAUGACCUUUGACAAUGCCGAUGAAUUGUAUAAGGUCGCGCGUUCCCACCCCAAGGCCAAACUUGUCGUUCGAAUCCUCACGGACGACUCCAAGAGUCUUUGCGCUUUCGGUAUCAAAUUCGGUGCGCCCCUCAACGUCGUUCCUAGCCUCCUCGCCAAGGCAAAGGAGCUCAACCUCGACGUCGUUGGCGUUAGCUUCCAUGUCGGAAGUGGAUGCUACGACCCAUCUGUGUACACAGAUGCCAUCAUGCGUUCCCGCACGGUCUUCGAUAUGGCGAAGGAAGCGGGUUACGACUUUACCCUUCUCGACAUCGGCGGUGGAUUCGAGGACGCCCUUUUCGAGAAGGCGGCGACCGUCCUCCGUGAAGCCAUCGAUCGCUACUUCCCCGAUCGCAAGCACAUCAAGAUGAUUGCAGAGCCGGGAAGGUUCUACGUCUCCACCGCCUUCAAGCUCGCGGCUCAUAUCAUCGCUCGCCGAGCACCGUUGGAAAAGGAUGCGGCCCCUGCGACGAGCGGCACGGCUGAGGAACCGGAUCAGCCCAAAGUCAUGUACUACAUCAAUGACGGGGUCUAUGGGGCGUUUAACUGCAUUCUCUUCGAUCACCAGGUCAUCCACCCAUAUGUCCUCUCCAUGGGUGGUUCCUUCCACGUUGCGGAGUCUGAGCCGAAGCAUGUGAGUAGCGUUUGGGGACCGACCUGCGACUCCAUCGACUGCGUUUCUCCGAAGACCGUGCUCCCGGUUAAUCUCCAAGUUGGGGACUGGCUUGGGUUCAACAACAUGGGCGCGUACACCGUCUGUGCGGCUAGCCAAUUCAACGGCUUCGCCGUCAGCAAUGUGAUCUAUACCGCUGGGGUUGCUCAUGCGAACGAGGUUCGGAUGGCCCUCAAAGCCUUUGCCGCGGAAGGUCAUGGACUCUAA